GGCAUGAUUCUGCGCCAUCCAUUUUCCAACUCCCUCUUCCAUCUCAGUUCACCACUCCUCUCUCCCCUGAGAAAGCUUCAUGGUUGGCCCUUGAUAAACAGUCUUAACCCUCAUCCAUGGCUGUUUCGCUGAAUUCGUUCCUCAGCUUCAACCCCGCCACAAAUUACCAGCAGGGGCAGAGAGAUAAUGCUGGGGUUCUGUUACUGAAGCUCCCGUCUCUUUCAGGACCAGUCGGAUUAAGGAAAUCUACUCGAGGGAAAAGAUCAAGGUCCUGCCUCGUAGCUGUUGGUGGCGAUAAUGUCGCCACAGAGACUAGCGACAAAGGCACUAAAUCCUUUGAGGCAUCAGAUUCCAGUGGCGAGUCUUCAGACAAUGCCUCUGGUGUAAGCCCUUCAACAGAAAGUGUCAAAAGUGAAGAACAAAGCAGGGCAAUCAGUCCUGCAGAGGAGGGCAAGCCAAGCUCGAACGUGAAAAGAGCUCCCUUGACAGCAAGGGAGAGGCUUAGGGCAGCAAGGGUACUGAGCCGCUACACAGACUCAAAGCCAUCAAAGCCCAUGCUCGGCAGCAGGCUACUUGAUGCUCUGCAACAAUCUGAUAAAGGGAAGAAGCGGCCAGGGCUCCCCGAAGCACCGACUAACAUGUUGGACGACAGCAAACGAGGGAUGCCCAAGGAGGGCUGGACAAUAGAACUCCCAGGCGGUAUGGAUGUCUUUUUCAUCAUAUUAUCUUUCGUGUUGAUUAGUACGGUGAUGUUUGCUACUACUUUCGUUGUGUGGAAAGUGGGAGCCAUCCAUUUCAACGAAUAUUAAGGGAGUUGGAGUUGGAGUUGGUUAGUGAAUCUCUGCAACUUGCUCUUUCUAUAUCUGUAGCACUUAAUUCGAUCAUAUUAUUAGUUACAGUCUUCCCUGUAAAUUGAAUAUCCAAGUAUUUAUCACCAUUACAUGCUUUAAUGAUCUAAAAUUUGUUUUUGUAUA